ACAGGAAGGAAGUUCGAAUUAGGAAAGAAAGCGUGGCUAACUGUUCAAAAUCAAAGAAGGGUGCAUUUGGAGAUACUAAAUCAAUUUGAUGAGGAUUAGAGUUUGGAGAUGUGUCCUAUCGAAGUCGAAAAUGUGGUGUUCUUUGACUUGGAGACGACAGGGCUUGGUCUGAGCUGUGAGAUCGUCCAGCUGGCGGCAGUGAGUGGUGCUCACUCCCUCAGCCUGUACUCCGUCCCCCGCUGCAGGGUGCAGCCCCGGGCAGCCGCCGUCACAGGCUUCAGGGUCCGGAGACACAAGCUGUACCUCCAUCGCAAGCCGGUCUUGACCAACUCUCUCAGAGAGGUUCUCAUAGCCUUCAUAGCCUUCCUGCGCAUGCUUCAGUGGCCUCUCGUCAUCGGCCACAACAUCCGACGCUUCGACUGCCGGGUGCUGGCCAGAGCGCUGGACGAGUGUGACCUCAGAACUGAGUUUGUAUCAGUGAUUUCUGGUUGCUUGGACACUCUGCCGCUAGCGAGAGAGCUUCUGAAGGAUGCUGGUCUGCAGAGCUUCUGCCAGGAAGCGCUAGUGAGGACAAUCCUGGGUGUCUCCUACAAGGCCCACGAUGCUCUGGAGGAUGUCAGUGCGCUGCAGAUGCUCUACACAGCGCUGGAGCCCACACCAGAGCAGGUCCUCAGACACGCCUUCCUCCUGGAGACCACGGCUGGCCCUCCAGCCAGGAAUCUGCCCUGCUCUAAGACUGAAGGCCCAUGUAAACUCUCAGGACAGCGCCCCCUGUGGGAGCAUCUCAGACAAGCUGUCAAGAUUUCAGAGGAGCAGAAAGAGGCUUCUGAAGAUCCAGAAAGUUGGAGAACUUAGUGUUGCUCUCUCUCUCUGCUUUCCUGUACUUCGCUGGUCAGAAAACACAAGAUGGCUGCCUCCACCCCCGGAAGGAGAUGAAGAGGGGAAGAGAUCCACCCAUCACUAACUCUAACCCCUCACGGUUGAACAGCGACCCCUCUGUUAGAUGCUGAGGGUCAUGGUGAAGAAUCAUUGUGUUAUAUUGUUUUAUCAUGAGCCUAAAAUACAUAUUAUAAAAUAUUAGAAAUAAAUUAAUUUUAUUGCAAUGAUUUUAUUCUUAUUAUUUUGAACAGGUAGUUAUGUGGAACAUCAGGUGCUGUGUGACGUUGCAGGUUAACAGCUGUGUGUUCAGGACCCAAGGACUUGCAGUGAAUCAUAUAUAAGCGCGUGGCUGCAGUGUGGAUUUGCCCUGAGCGAUGAAGACAGGGAUCUGCCAGGCACUGUACUACAUCAAAAUGCCUGCGUUGACGUAACACGCACAAGCUCCAAUUAGGUCAACACUGAAUCAACUUACCAACAUCUUAAUCACUAGCUCUAUCAUGGGCACUGCACUAGGUAAUAUUAAAGACUAAUAUCCAACAUUUAAACUAACAUUUAUUACAGCAGUAUUUUAAAAUCGUCUUGAUUUUUGACUGAGUCUGGAUUAAGAAUGCUUCUGUGUCUUUUUAGAUGUAUUAUACAUUUUUAUGAUGAAUAAAUAGCUUCUGCCGUGUUGUACAUUACACCCAGUCUUCAUCCUCUUCAUCCAGUCUGUUAAAUACCACAUGUACUGUAAACAUGAGAUUAUGAUUGGCUGUACUAGGUCUUUAUUAAUUCAGGUUAAUAUGCAGCCAUUCUCUGUAGAAAUCCAUGCUACAGUGUUCUAAAUGUAAACCCAUGCCCAAUCCCUCACUGGAAAAAGAUAACAUUU